AGUUGCUAGUUUGUCCUAACUUCCGUCACACUUUUGUUACAGUUGCUUAUAGCGCCUUCAAUAUUUUUAUUUUAUUUUACCAAUCUCCUACAUAUUUGGCAUGUAGGAAUCUUGCAUGGACCUCUACCUUUUGAUGAGGUUUGAGGGCACUGGGGUCAAGGUCACCGAGGCUAAUAUUAAAUUUUUUCCGUCACACUUUUGUUACAGUUUCUCAUAGCAUCUUCAAUAUUUUACCGAUCUCUUAAAUAUUUGGCAUGUAUGUACCUUGCAUGGAUAUCUACCUUUUGAUGAGGUCUGAGGUCACUGGGGUCAAGACCAAGGUCACCGAGGCUUAUAAUAGAUUUUUCCUGUCACACUUUUGUUACAGUUUCUCAUAGGGCCUUCAAUAUUUUACCGAUCUCUUUCAUAUUUGGCAUGUAGGUACCUUGCAUGGACCUCUACAUUUUGAUGAGGUUUGAGGUCACUGGGGUCAAGGUCACCAAGGCUAAUAAUAGAUUUUUCCCGUCACACUUUUGUUACAGUUUCUCAUAGCGCCUUCAAUAUUUUACCAAUCUCUUACAUAUUUGGCAUGUAGGUACCUUGCAUGGACCUCUACCUUUUGAUGAAGUUUGAGAUCACUGGUGUUUAGGUCAAGGUCACCAAGGCUAAUAAUAGAUUUUCUCAAGGUCAGACUUUUUUCCCACACAAUUAACCCAUAUAUCAACAAAGCAUCAUUUGGGAGCAUUCAUUCACUGUUAUUCUUUUUAGUUCUUUACUUAUCAUGUAUUAAAGAUUUAAACUGAAAAUAGUAAAAUGCUUUCAUGCAUAGAGUAUAAAAGAUAUUCCACAUAGGCAACAUAUUAAUUUUACAUGUUGUGUUAACCAAAAUAGGAAAUGGUAGAUUGCUUGUCUGAAUGAUAAAAUAUGAUUUUAAGUUAAAGUCCAAUUUUUGAACGGUACGGCGUCAUCAUGGUGACAUCCGCGGCAUUCCUCAUAUUUUUAACAUAAUUACAAUAGCUAAUACUUUAUUUGAAGCCAUGACCUUUUUAUACCCAGGAUGUCUCAAUAUUAAUUGUGACCUGCAUGAUCUUUGUACAGACAAAGAGCAAAAUUAACAUCGUAAAACUUAUAAAAAUACCAUAAUGGAGUAGAAAAUCUGAACACAUCUUGUAUUAUUAUUUAUCAAAAUCAUCUUAAAAGCAACACAUAUUAGCCUUGCUCUGGGAAAAUGUGGCUUAAUGCAUGUUUCUUAAGUGUCUUUUCAUAUUAACCUGUUCAAUAUUGCACAGAUUUAUCACUUAAGACACUUUCCACUCUAGCAAAGUUUUCAUUGAAAGGAAGUCUAUUCUUAGCAAAUAUCCAGUUAAUGUUGAAAGUGUUGUCCCCGAUAAGUGUGCAGUUAAUGUUGAAAGUGUUGUCCCCGAUAAGUGUGCAGUUAAUGUUGAAAGUGUUGUCCCCGAUAAGUGUGCAGUUAAUGUUGAAAGUGUUGUCCCCGAUAAGUGUGCAGUUAAUGUUGAAAGUGUUGUCCCCGAUAAGUGUGCAGUUAAUGUUGAAAGUGUUGUCCCCGAUAAGUGUGCAGUUAAUGUUGAAAGUGUUGUCCCUGAUAAGUGUGCAGUUAAUGUUGAAAGUGUUGUCCCCGAUAAGUGUGCAGUUAAUGUUGAAAGUGUUGUCCCCGAUAAGUGUGCAGUUAAUGUUGAAAGUGUUGUCCCCGAUAAGUGUGCAGUUAAUGUUGAAAGUGUUGUCCCCGAUAAGUGUGCAGUUAAUGUUGAAAGUGUUGUCCCCGAUAAGUGUGCAGUUAAUGUUGAAAGUGUUGUCCCCGAUAAGUGUGCAGUUAAUGUUGAAAGUGUUGUCCCCGAUAAGUGUGCAGUUAAUGUUGAAAGUGUUGUCCCCGAUAAGUGUGCAGUUAAUGUUGAAAGUGUUGUCCCCGAUAAGUGUGCAGUUAAUGUUGAAAGUGUUGUCCCCGAUAAGUGUGCAGUUAAUGUUGAAAGUGUUGUCCCCGAUAAGUGUGCAGUUAAUGUUGAAAGUGUUGUCCCUGAUAAGUGUGUGCAGAUUGCUCUGGCUAAUAUGGUGUGGCACAUAAAGCCAUGAAUUAAGCCAUGUUUGCCCAUAACUUAGAUCAGAUCAUCUUAAAAGCAAAAUAAUAUAGCAUUAUUGCUUAUUUCUGUUGUAUGAGCAACUGUUUUUUUACUCUAAACAAUGGCUGCUAAUUAUCUAGUGCUAAUACUCUUGCAUCUCAACUCCAAAUCAUUGUUUAUUGACUGAUUAACACUUGGAAAUCAAAAAUUAUUAUAAUAAUCCUUAUGCUUUAGACAAUGUCAUGCUAAAAUGUAUAUGGGCUGUGCUCUGAUAAAAGGAGGUUUAAUGCAUAUGCCUUAAGUGUCAUAACCAGAUUAGCCUGUGCAGUCCGCACAGGCUAAUCAGGGAUGACACUUUCCGCUUUUAAUGAUAUUUACUUUUAAAGAAAUACUCUUCUUGGCAAAAAUCCAGUUUAGGCGGACUGCAUGGGCUAAUCAUGGCCGACACUUUACCCACAUUAAACCCCCUUAUAUAUAUAUAGACACUUUACCAACAUUAAACCCCCUUAUAUAUAUAUAGACACUUUACCCACAUUAAACCCCCUUCUGUAUAUAGACACUUUACCCACAUUAAACCCCCUUAUGUAUAUAGACACUACCCACAUUAAAUCCCCUUAUAUAUAUAGACACUUUACCCACAUUAAACCCCCUUAUAUAUAUAUAGACACUUUACCCACAUUAAACCCCCUUAUAUAUAUAUAGACACUUUACCCACAUUAAAUCCCCUUAUAUAUAUAUAGACACUUUACCCACAUUAAACCCCCUUAUAUAUAUAGACACUUUACCCACAUUAAACCCCCUUAUAUAUAUAGACACUUUACCCACAUUAAACCCCCUUUUCACAGAGCAUGGCCCAUAUAUAUAUGUGUCUUGUUUUGAGAAAACUGGGCUUAAUGCCUGCGCGUAAAGUGUUGUCCCAGAUUAGCCUGUGCAGUCCGCACAGGCUAAUCAGGGACGACACUUUCCGCUUUUAUGGUAUUUUUAGUUUCAAGAAAGUCGCUCCUUACCGAAAAUCAAGUUGAGGCGAAAAGUGUCAUCCCUGAUUAGCCUGUGCGGACUGCACAGGCUAAUUCGGGGACGACACUUUACGCACAUGCAUUAUACCCAGUUUUCUCAGAAAAAGACACAUAUAUAUAUAUAUUACUUGCUUGUUAUCUUAAUUGGUAAAGAAGAUUGUGUAACAAUGUACAUAUUUAAUUUCAUAGCCAUUGUUGCUAUAAAAAUAAUGAACAGUUGCCACCUGACAGUGUUUGAAUAAGUUGCUAAAAACUUUAAGUUAAAUGAAAACUUUCAUAUUUAAAAUAAACAUACUGUUUAAAAUUAAAUGUUUUCAAAUGAAAAUGCUUAUAAUUGUAUUUGCCAAGAUCAUAGCAAGUUUGUUUGAUCAGAUUGUUAAAUUAGGUUUUUAUGAAUGUCUUCUGUUAAGCAGACUUCUUAUUUAAAGGUAUUAUUUAAUCUUGUAUAUUUUAGGAGCAAGAACAUGAUACAAGUCAACAAUUUUAUUGAAUGAAACAUGUCACUGUUAUAUAACUUUGAGCAUCGGUCUGGGAAAACUGGGCUUAAUGCAUGUGCGUGAAGCAUUAUCCUCCAUUAGCCUGUGCAAUUGGCACAGACUAAUCAAAGACAACAAUUACCAUCUUAACUGGGUUUUCAGUUGGAAGUGAACCCCUUAAAUGAAUGUGUGUAAAAGUUCCAUUAAAGCGGAGAGUAUCAUCCCUGCAUCUAACAUUCAUGCAUUAAGCCCUGUUUUCCCAGAAUUAGGCUAAAUUUUAAUGUUUAAAUGUUAGAAAUCCCUUAGUCAUUUUACUGUGCAAUAUUCUAGUCAGAUUUUAUACUUUUGUAUUUCGUAAGAUAAGGAUUUGCGCUAUAUUGGUUUUGGUAUGUGUUUGCGUAUUAAUUUGACUGUUUUUAUCAUGCUUCAUUGCUGGAUACAUUAGUCAUUAGUUGGAUUAAAAGAGAAGGUCUUAAUUAUGUUGGAAUGGUUGAUCUGCUAAUAAAAUAUACGUUUUGCUUUCAAUGUUUCAUCAUGUAUUGCCAAAUGUGCACUUAUUUUUAUAGUUUCCAAAUGUUUCAUAAUGUAUGUAGAAAACGCUAAGCUUCAUUCAUUUUUGUUUUCAAUAACUAUUCUAGCCAUUUGAAUUAAGCAAUGUAAUGCCUUGUAUUUUAUUAUGCCCCAGAAGGGUUGCAUAUAGCUAUUGAAUUGUCCAUCUGUCUGUCCGCCCGUCAGUCAGUCUGUCCAUCCGUCCGAAAACUUUAACACUGGUCAUUUUUGCAAUAUUGAAGAUAGCAACUUGAUAUUUGGCAUGCAUGUGUUUCUCAUGGAACUGCACAUUUUGAGUGGUGAAAGGUCAAGGUUAUCCUUCAAGGUCAAAGGUCAAAUAUAUGUCCUCAAAGCGGGGCAGAAGGGGGCAUUGUGUUUCUGACAAACACAUCUCUUGUUUAUAUAUAAAAUUGAUGCAUAUAGUGUUUAAUAAAAUUAUGGUUUUCCACAUAUUCUGAAUAAAAUUAAAUGAACUAUACAGACAUCCUUUUUAGACUGACAAACUUGUGAAAUUUAGUUUAUAAUGCAAAGUUCUAAAUGUGCAAAAUGUUAUGAACUUAUACGUAAUGCUUGUAAAUAUGAAGACUUUGUUAUGAUUUUGUUUUUAUGGCCCCUGGUCAAAGCUUUUCGGUUUACCUUUUUUCCUUUAAAAGUACUGUAACUUAAAAAACAUUCAAGUUUUUUCUCUUGAAUUGUAAACUAUAACUUUGGCUCAAUACAAAACAUCAGUUCCACAUUUUUAUGCCUCCGAAGGAGGGCAUAUGGUGAUGGCACUGUCCGUCUCUCUGUCUGUCCUUCUGUCACACUUUUGCGUUUAGGUUUCGAAAAAUGCUCAUAACUUUUAUGUCGCUUCAGAUGUAACCUUGAUAUUUGGUAUGCAUGUGUAUAUAGACAAGGUCUUUCCAUACGCACACAAAUUUUGACCCCUUUGACAUUGACCUUGAACUUAGGGUCCGCGUUUAGGUUUCGAAAUCUGCAUCUAGGUUUCGAAAAAAGGGAAAAAAGCGUUUUUCCCGGGCAUAUGUCUUCCUAUGGAGACAGCUCUUGUUUUUCUGAUUUUCCGUAACUCUGCGUUUGUGGGAGCAGUUGUCUAAUGGUAGGACGCUGGCUUAGAUAUCGAGAAGUCCCUCGUUCGAAUCCCGCCCUGACCACUGGAAAUUUCCUGAGCAAGAAAUUUGUUCCUUAUUUGCUCUUCUUCACCUGUAUAAGUGGGCACCUGUGAGGGAAAUGAGACAAUGUGCCGUGGCUGCUUACUGCGCCAAAUAUGUUUACGGACGACUUAUGACCCAGUGACCAGAGGAAAAAUGUGAAGCGCCCCUGAACGCACAUACUGUAUGAAAAGGGCGAUAUAUAUAAAUAUAUAUGUGGUAAAAAAGCUUUAGAAAAAUAUGCUUUAUCCGCAAAAUACGUAAGCGUUCAACGAAGAUGAACAACUGUUUCGGGCAAUGUCCAUGAAGGUGUGGCUGUAACAGCAUGGUGUUACCAGGGUUACUGUUGACAACGAACAACAUACUUCAAGCGAUCACGCAGACAUGACGGCAUGAGCCUUUAUACUCAGAAGCCCAUGUGUAAGGAAACACACCAUGCGCCUGGGUCAACGACAUUUUAUUACACGGGAAUUCAUCUCCUCAUGAUCGAACAAUGUCGUUAAGGAGGAAUUUUACAAUCUGGUUCCGGCGGAAUGGACCGUCUGGUAUAGUUUCCGGCCUCAUUGCGUUUUUUGUGAUCUCAUACAUAAUAAUUGCCAAACUCGACGAGAACAGCAAACGCGUUGUGAGUGUCGUCCGGACGGGAGUCAACGUAAUACCGAUGGAAAUAAUGCAAGAAUUCGAACAAGGCCGCGUUAAUGUUGGUAAAGGGGUAAUAUACGAUUUUGACAAGGAAGACCGGAGGCAGAUAAACGGCGUUAACAGCAGCUUCCCGGCCGCGUCUGCGGACGAAUUCGAGAACCAGAUGAAGCUGGAGCGCAGUCAGCGUGCAGGGGAGAUAACCGUGUUAUCUGCCCAUAACGAUACAAAACGGAAUGACCUGAAAUCCAUGUAUUCAAAGGACUUACAUCCGGCAAAACCUAUAGAGGCUAUGGUUUCCUCUCCUAUGCACAAACUCAUUCACGAAUACAACGCGUUCUCCGAAUCUAAGGAGAAACGAACUUCAAUUAAUAGAAACCAGUGCGUUCUGUUGAGGACGCACCAUGGCAACGCCCCAAUCUGUAUCCACGACCCUGCAGACGAUGAGAUCAUCUCGGGGCGUCUCGCGAAGGACGGGUUAUGGGAGGGGAACUAUUUAUACAUCAUAGGGAGCAUUCUCUCUCGCGAACCUAAUAUCGAGGUACUUGAUCUCGGCUGCAACAUUGGCGUGUAUACUAUCAUCUCGGCCAAACUGAAGCACAGAGUUGUCGCGCUGGAUCCGAACAAGAUCAAUAUCAGACUUCUGAACAAAUCUCUCAACCUGGGCGGCCUGUCCCGCUACGUGACGCUGCUGUGGAACGCGAUUUCUGACGUUCGCGAGAACGUGACGCUUUUCGACAUAAUCGGGAACAUUGGCGGGAGCUUCGUUGAAACAGCAGACAAGAAUGCAACUGUGGACGAUGAUCAUAAAUCGUUUGCAAUAACGUUAGAUGAUCUCAUAGGUUAUUUUGUCGGAAAGCCGGUCUUCGUUAAAAUGGACAUUGAAACUUACGAGUUGAGAGCGUUGAAAGGAGGUUCGCAAUUCUUCAAAGAGAUUGACGUACGUUAUGUUCUUAUGGAGUGGGUUCACCAUCGCGAGUUUGAUACUGGAAAAGUUGUGAUCAAAUUGAUGGAGCAAUACGGAUUGUUUCCACAUGUAAACGCACACGUCAACACCCGAUUGGAGCCCGAUCAUUACCGAUCUUGGCCGGACAAUAUAUUAUGGAUUAAAUAUCCGAAACAUUAAUUUUUAGUUGAAUUCAUUUGUAUGACAUAAUUGAUAAAUUAUAUGGCUUAUUACAAUUCUGAAUAAACAUAAUGCUUAUUAUAAAUCGUGAAUAUAUUUUUUUUUCGAAAGUCAUUCAUUGUUUAAAGUAGUGUCUAAUUUUGUUUUUUUCAAGUUGUUAGCUUUUCAUUCAAGAAUACGGAAGUCACAUUUCACUAUCGUACAGAUAUUAUUAUAUGACUUAUACAGCGAAAUAAUUUAUAACAAAUUCAACGAACACAUUUUACGUUGCCUUCGGUUACGCAAUAAACUGUAUUCUUAUAUGUUUAAUCAAGCAAUUCAAAUCGCAAUUUGUAAUAUGGCAUUAAUAUUCUAACUAUUCAAGACGAAAAUUGAACCCAAACAAAGCCGUCUGGUUCACUAGCCAUGGCUACCGGAUAUUGAUACCCAUCAGUCCCAUCAAUUUAACACAGAAGGACAACUAAUGCGUU